AUGACUGCAGUGCCACCCUUCUCCUGGACCUGCCAAGUUCCUGCUCUUUGCAAAGAAGGCAUACAAGGAGGAGGCACUCUGUUGCUUGAAAACUUACCAGCUACAGGCAACAUUGCAGAAAAUUCUCCAGCCAAUGCUUCGGUUCAUGUGUUCAGUGUAAAGUUAUCACCAUCUCGUGCAGAAGUAGCUGUACAAUAUCCUAUCAUAAUAAAUUCAAAUCCACUUACAAAUGCUUUUCAGAUUGUUCCUGAAAGUGAACUUGUAUACAAGGUUGUUACCACUGAAAAUCCCAUCCUGGAUUAUGAAACUAUGCCACAUCUCUUUGAUCUGCAGAUCUAUGUUAUGGAUACAGCUGGGGCAACUGACCUUCAAACACUUACUGUCAAAAUAGAAGAUGUUGAUGAAGCUCCUAUGUUUCAAGGCAAUAUGGCAACACAAACUAUAAUGAUCUAUAUCUUAGAGGGAACUGGAGCUGGAAAUAUUUACCAAAUUGAAGCGAUAGAUCCUGAAAGGCAAGAACUUAAGUAUUCGUUGACCCCUGCCUCAGGCCUAUUCAUUGUGUCUAACAGUGGAACCAUUUCUACCACAAGACAAUUUGAUUAUGAGAAAGAUCAGCAUUGUUACUUUUUAAAUAUAACCGUGACAGACAACUUAGGGCUGAAAACUACCAGAACUGUGAUAGUCAACAUAAUUAACACCAAUGAUGAAGCACCGUAUUUUACCACGAAACAGAUAAAUUACAUGAUUCCUGAGGAACAGCAUCCAGGAACUAUUGUUGUCAAUAUAACAGCUAAAGAUCCAGAUGAUGAAGGCUUUAUAAGCAGACUGACCUACAGCAUCAGCCCUCCUAAUGAGUAUUUCUCCAUAAACCCAUUAACUGGUGUCAUCCAAGUGGCUAAACGAAUAGAUCGCGAAGCUUCUACAUUCCGGCUACAUCCAAGAAUCACAUUGAUAAUAUGUGUGGAGGACAGUCCCAGGGGUGGACAAAUGAACAAAAAAGAGAUAACAAUGAUUAUUGAAGAUAUCAAUGACAACCCACCAGAAUGCAACCCGUAUACCUUCAGCUUUGAGAUACCUGAAACAGCUACCCUUGGGACACUUCUCUUUGCCCUGAGAGAUUACUGCUAUGAUAAUGAUGUUGAGCCACCAAACAAUAAAUUUAACUUCACAGGAUUGUCUGGACUUGGAAGUGAUACAUUUACACUGGAUCCAGCUGGCUCAGGAAUAGUUGUGUCAGCUAGAUAUCUGGAUUUCGAAAACCCACCUAACCAAACAAUGAAGGAUGAAUAUUCUUUGACAGUUGUGGUGCAAGAUAUUGCAUGGCCUAAUUAUAUGAAUAAUAUCUACAUUUACAUUAAAAUACUUCCAGUGAACGAGUUUGAUCCAGUUUUUGACAAUUCAUCAUAUGUAUUUAAUGUUCCAGAAAUUACUCCAGCUACAUCUAAAAUUGGAAGAGUGAGUGCCACAGACAAAGAUUUGCCAUUCGCUGGAAUCACAUAUUCUAUUGUAGGUGGGGGUGGCACUUUUGGUUACACAAAUAUAUUCUGGAUUGACCCAGAGAAAGGAGAUAUGAAAAUUAUAGCUACAUUGGACUAUGAAACAACUCAGAGGUACAUUCUUGAGGUGCAGGCCUCUGACAGUGAGAAGACUGCUACAGUUUCUGUAACUGUCAAUGUUCUUGAAGUGAAUGAUGAAAAACCAGUUUGUACACCCAAUUCCUAUUCACUUGCAGUUCCAGUAGACCUAGCUGUUGGAACCAAUAUUGAAGGUUUCAGUAUAUUGUGUCAUGAUCCUGAUUCUGGUCCCAGAUCUUUCCGUUAUUUUAUCAACUCAGGCAACGUGAAUAACCAUUUCACUUUUUCACCGAGUGCUGGCUCCAACAGCUCUCGGUUGAUUCUUGCAUCCAGGUUUGACUAUGAAAAUGGUUUGGAUACAACCUGGGCCUACAGCUUGCGCAUCUACAUAACAGAUGACAAUUUGCUGUCUGGUAGAGACAGAGCAACAGUCCGUGUUGAAACUGGAACAGUGACAUUAAGCAUCAAAGUUAUCCCAAACCCAACUACUCUCCUUCCUACUACACACAAAGGCAUUCACUCAUAA